GGUGGUGACUUAAGCAGGCCCCUGUGGAGACAGGGAAAGAAUGAGCUCUGGGAUAUCCGGGGACAGGGCCGCAUUAAGUGGCAGCCAAGGGCGGAGACGGCCAUUUAAGGGCAAGCCGAGUGGACAAAAGUGUGGCCACCUCUGCAUUGUGACUCCCCCCAAUGUGCCUCAUUAUGACCCAACCCCCUCCCCCGCUGGUAGGUGUCCCCAGGUCCCGGCAUGAGCACAGUGUGGUCGGGGCUGGUGGGGGGGGGGCGGUGGCCCAGGUGGCCGUAGGGCCCCCCCACCAUGGAAAACCAGCUUUGGUACGACAACGUGGGGUGCUGCAAUCAACACCAGGAACACCUCCAGGAUCCGGAAGACAUACUGCUUCUGCUGCUGGGCCUCGUAGUUCUCGUCAACAUCGGGAUCAACGUGGUAACUGUGGUCAGUGAUGGUGGGGGACAGCCCCCGCGGCUAAGAGGGCUGAGGGUGGGAGCCUCUACCUGCAGGAGUGUGGUCUUGGCUGGGAGCUGGGGAGGGGUGUGGGGGGGGAGGGUAGAGAGCCUCCUGGUCUUCACUCCCACCCCACACUAUCCCCAGAUGUGGCAUGGUCUCCAGAAUGCCUUAGACAAGAUGCUCUGUUGGAUUAAUCAGAAAAGUGAAACCUUGCAGGCUCGUGAAGGUUCCACCAAAGAUCCCCCCGCCAAGGCCCGAGACGUCCACAUCCACUGCACCCUGGAGCCCGUGGAAGUGAAGCUGGCCCGGCCCACCUGCUACCCCUCUUCCUCCUGCCACCGGCUGGGCAACCCCUGCCCCCGCCGCCGCCGCCCCCGCCGCCGCGGCCCCCACCAGCGCCUCAGCCACCGCCGUCCCUGCAGCCACCAGUGGGGGCUGAAGAACCAGAGGCACUUCCCCCACAACCCCUCAGCCUUCCGUAGCCCCCGUCGCAGCCGCAAGAUGUCGCAGCUGCCGGGGGUGUCCCCCUUUGACCAGGAGGACCUGGACUCCGACGUGGAGCAGGAGGAGGACCUGGCCUUCCCACUCCCCAAGUACCCACGGGGCGGCUGGGGCAGGCUUUACCCGCAGAUGGGCCUGCCCUCCAGCCUGGGGCUGUGGGGCCGCCAGGGUGGGAUCCUGGCCAGGCUGCCGCCACCCUCUCUCUACCUGUCACCCGAGCUGCGCCGCAUGCCCAAGCGUGUGGAGGCCAAGUCGGAGCUGAGGCUGCAGUCCUACGGGCCCCACUGCUCCCAGUCCCGAAUCUGGGGCACUAUGGAGGCGGAGCAGUGGGCCUCGUCUCUGCCCGCUCUCCGCCGGCUGCCCCCGAAUCCCUCCUGGGUCCCCGCGGGGUACGACCCUUACCCGUCGAGCGGCCAGCUGCUCUAUGACUCCUGGGAUCAGCGGUGGCGGGGCCUGGAGGGCUCUGAGCCUCCGCCCACGCUGGUGUCCCGGGGGUCCCCCCAGGCGCACCCACGGAACCUCCCCGGCCACGGCCACGGCCACGCUUACAGCCAGCCCACCCGCAGCCCGCACCCAUCCACGGGCCACCUGAGCUACAGCCCCCGGGAACCCCACGAGGUCCGGCGCCGGGCCGCCGAAUGGGCUGAGGCCCUGCCCGCCCGGCACCCUCUGACGGCCUCCACCUCCCUCACCAUGCUGGGUGAGACCUCCUACCAGCGGGCCCCGGCCCCCAGCUCGGCCCUGCUCCCCCAUUCCAACCAGCCCCUGCCCGAAGUCCAGGCUCCCGAGGUCCCCCAGCCCCAGCCCACCUUUCUGCCGCUCAGCAGGAACCCCGGGGGCACUGCCGGCUACCAGGUCUAUGACAGCCUGGAGCUGAAGCGGCAGGUGCAGGAGAGCCGAGCGCGGGCCACCUCCCUGCCCCCGCCGUCCACCUCCGCCUCGCGGCCCGCGGUGCUCAGGAGCCGGACCGGGAAGUUGCACUGACCCACGGCGACUGUGGGUGGCGGGCCGGGCACGGAGACAGGAAUAAAGAGCAACGGAGUCCAGGAAACACGGUGGUGGUGUGUUUUGGGCCUUGGCAGGGCCACUUCUGUCAGCCUGGGUCCCGGCUUCUCAGCACCAGGCUCCGAGUGGCUGUGGCCACAGGCCCCCACCCCCACCCCCCGCAGGACUCUGCUUCCCGCCCCGUCCCUAAGGAGGUCUUGCGGGGGCAGACUCCAAACCAUCUGUCUCUGAGCACGUGCUCUGGGCAUCUGCCCUCCCCGAUCUGAAAGUGGGCUCCCAGGCUCAGCCCCACACGACGACGACGUGGUGAGGUCAGAUUCCAGUCCUACCUCUGCCUGGAUCCA